CUGCGAAAAAAAUCAACGACAACGGCCACGGCUAAGAGGGCCCGACAGGUCUCCGCAGACUUCGCAGCUGUGCAAUCGGCGGGCAGAACGGCGUCGUCUUGUUCGACCUCUCCUUCGAACUCUUCUUCGACCACGUCGAGAUCAAAGCGCCGUCGUGACGUCAGACCUGACAGGGAAAAUGCCGUUGCUAGAGUCGCGAACAGGGUUCCUCUGACGAUAGAAGAAAUAGAGACACUUCCCGACGCCGUGGCUAUUCCUUACCUCUCGGAUAUGGAUCAGCCGACGUCAGGCAGGGUUGCUGCCAAACGCGAGAGGUUGAAGAGCUACUUCCGAAACCACAACCUCACAUCGUACACACCUGUGGGCGGGGCAAACAAGAAGGCCGCGGGUGCGGCAGUUACAGGACCCCCUAGUGGGCACCGGGCGAUCUAGAACGGCUGGGGUGUAGAAUUCUGUUUCUGGUGGCAAGGGCGGGCUUUCUCAUUCUGCACGAAUGUUGUGUGUUUCACUGCUGCUCCUUCACGUAAUAUUAUUGCGGUU